AUGGCUUCCCCUAGCGUUCUCACCUUUGACGCUGAGGGUCGGGCAGUGGACUUUGAGGUCUGGGUAGAUGAUCUGCAGCUUUUCCUGCAGUGCGAUAGGGCAGACGGCCUCUCCCUGUUUGACCUCACUUCUGGUGCCUCCCCUGCCCCUGCUGCUAAUGCUGACGCCACUGUUCGCUCACAUCGGUCGGCGCUGCAUCUGCCCCGAGCGGGAGACGCCGCACCGGCAAGGGCAAGGGGGGCAAGAGCACUGGAGAGGGUGGAGGGGGCGGUGGAGGUGGUGGUGGAGGCGGUGGAGGGAGUGGGGGUGGUGGUGGGAGUGGUGCUGGGGGUGGCGGCGGCGGCGGCAGCAGUGGAGGCGGCGGAGGCGGUGGAGGUGGCGGAGGGAGCGGAGGCGGCGGAGGUAGUGGAGGAGGCGGAGGUGGAGGAGGCGGCGGAGGCAGCGGAGGCGGCGGCGGCGGCGGAGGCGGUGGUGGUGGAGCGAGUCGCUACUCUGCGCCGAGGAGUGGCGCCGGUGGUGCGCGGUGGGGGUUUUGGUCCCUGCUCUUACGUUCUCCGUACCGGCGACCGCACUGGUGAGCAGUGCGGAGGUCCGCACUCCACCCAGCGCUGCUUUGGUCGCCUGACGGACGCGUGGCGUCGCCAGUUCCCUGAGGCGUCAGAGAUCCCUCGCUGGGGAGAUCUGGCUAAGGCCGGGGCUACUAUCUUUGAUCUUGACUUUGAUGCUAUUCUUGCUGCCAUGUAUGCUGUUGCUGAUAGUGUUGAGGGUGCCUGUUACCUGUGUGUACCGCCUGACCCGGGCAUUGAGGCUGCUGCGCUAGGUGCUGGUGAGACUGCUGCUCUAGGUGCUAGUGCGUCUGCUGUCCCAGGUGCUAGUGCGUCUGCCGCCCAAGGUGCUGGUGAGUCUGCUCUCUCAGGUACUACGUAG